UUUGAUGAAUCAAAGUGUACCGAUGAUGAUGACAAUGGAUGUGUUGGUUAAUAGUAAUAGUAGUGUUUUUAGUGGUUGGACAGGUAGUUCUGCAGGUUCUCAAUGCUAAUAGUGAAUCAACGAGGCGUACAACAGCAAUACAUGGCAUACCUAUCUAUACUAUUGGGAAAAACUAUGAAAAAAGUUGACGUUAGCCUUAAAUAUAGGAUUGAGAGGUGAGGUUUAGGUAGGUUUGGUAGGCUGUUAUGUUGCAACAGGUGCAACAGGUAUGUGCUUCAAUGAUAGUCUCAGUGCUGGUGCUUAUACUUGUCGGGCAUUUUAAUGUAGUUAUUGCUUUGGGCUGUCAUACAACUGGGGGACCAACUUCUCAAGCAAGAGGUUAAGGCUUAGACAUAGGUUAAGCUUCUCUUAGUUGUUUUGGUGCAGUUGUGGUGCACUUUUCUGGUGUCGUUCCUCUAUUUCUCUUUCCAUAUAAGACUCGAGAGUCCAAAAACAGUGAUACCUCGAGUCGACUCUAUUUCUAACCAUAAUUUAAAUCUCUGGUUGUGUAUGUGUUUGUGUUGUGUAUUUCCAUCGGGCAAAUGGCAACUACAAGAUAUCUGGUGGUGGUUUAUGUUGUAACAGCCGGUCUUCAUGACGAUGAUCUUGGAUCAGAUGAAGAAGAGACAGUACUAUUUGCUUGGGUGGUGGUUGACAUUACUAACAACAAAGUGGUUCAUCUAAACCAUCAUGUGGUCAAACCUCGUACCGCUGAUGUCAAUGAAAAUAUACUGUCAGAAGUGGCCCGUAAUAGAUAUGGUCUGACUGAAGAACAAAUCAAAAAUGGACAGCCAUUGGAAAAUGUGUUGGAACAGUUGGAUCAAUUUGUUAAAACUAAAUUGUCAAGUGAGACGGGUCGCUCAUUUCAACUCAUUACUGAUGGACAGUUGCAUCUGAGACAAGUGCUUCAUCCGGAGGCCUCUAACAAAGGCAUACCAUUACCUGAAUAUUUCAAUACUUUUUACGAUUUACGCAAAGAGUUUAGAAAGUUUUACAAAAACAAUGACUUCCACACCAUUGAAGACAUCAUCAAUUAUUUAUGUAUUGAAGGCGACGCUUCAGCUGACUGUGCGAUACAAAAGGUGCAGAAUAUGGCAAACAUUAUCAUUAGACUUAUUACUGAUGGACAUAAAUUUGACGACCCAGAAAUUGUAAUUGAUAAACUGGAACCUGGAAUAUGCACCAAAAAUGAAGUGGUGGACAGUAAUACAGUGGUGAGAGCCCGGGGUCUGCCCUGGCAGUCAUCUGAUCAAGAUAUCGCCAAAUUUUUUAAAGGAUUAAAUAUUAUGAAGGGUGGUGUCGCCUUAUGUCUGAGCCCUCAGGGAAGAAGGAAUGGCGAGGCAUUGGUGAGGUUUGUCAACCAAGAGCACCGGGAUAUGGCUCUUAAAAGACACAAACACCACAUCGGCCAGAGAUAUAUUGAGGUCUAUCGGGCCAAUGGAGACGACUUUGUCAACGUUGCCGGAGGCAACAACAAUGAGGCGCAAACUUUUCUGUCUAAAGGCGGACAAGUAAUCGUAAGGAUGAGAGGAUUGCCAUACGAUUGCACCGCUCAACAAGUGAUUGAGUUCUUUGCCAACGGAGACAACAGUUGUCAAGUGAUGCAUAAUGAAGACGGCGUACUGUUUGUCCGCAAAUCGGACGGCAGGGCUACCGGAGAUGCUUUUGUUUUGUUUGAAACUGAAGACAUGGCAGCGAAAGCUUUACAGAAGCAUCGGGAGGUCAUUGGCGCCCGUUAUAUUGAAUUGUUCAGAAGUACCACUGCUGAAGUACAACAGGUGCUCAACCGAAGUAUGGAUCCGCGAACAUUUGAACCACAAUUGCCUUUAAUCGCGAGUCUACCACACGUUCCACUCAUACCUCAACAACUUUUACCGUCGGGUUCGCGCAAAGACUGUAUUCGUCUCCGGGGUCUUCCCUAUGAGGCACAGGUCGAGCAAAUACUUGAGUUUCUGGGAGAACACGCAAAAAAUAUUGUCUUUCAAGGGGUGCAUAUGGUUUAUAAUGCACAGGGUCAACCAUCUGGUGAGGCAUUCAUUCAAAUGGAUUCGGAACAGUCGGCUCAAGUGGCGGCACAACAACGACACCAUCGAUAUAUGAUUUUCGGUAAAAAGCAAAGAUAUAUUGAAGUUUUCCAGUGCUCUGUUGAUGAUAUGAAUCUUGUGCUUACCGGUGGUAUUCCUGUACAAAGACAACUAUUAUCUCCAGGAGGAACAUUAUUGCCACCACCUUAUGGUGGUUAUCCAUAUCCGGUGCAGACAUCGCAAGUGCUACCGACGGCCGUGUCAGCAGCCAAUGCGGCAUCACUAACACCGGCCAGAAUUCAAUCAUUUGCUUAUCCCAAUCCAUUUAAUCUGAUCUAUGCCUGGCCAUACCCAUCACCACCAGUCUCACCCACCACAUACUACACACAUUCCGGGCCAACUAUGGUAAACAUGAGAGGAUUGCCUUUUUGUGUUCAUCUUAACGAUAUUCUUAAUUUCUUUAAUGGUUGGGAGCUGACCACGGAUUGCAUUCAAUUACAACGUAAUGGCGACGGCCGACCAAAUGGUGAAGCAAUGGUCACAUUCCCGACACGAGCCGAUGCCGAGCGUGCAAUACAAGAGAAAAAUCGUCAAAACAUAGGGAACCGGUAUAUUGAACUUUUCAUGGCUUGAUUGCCAAAAUAAUUAGAGACAAUAAUUCUAUAAUAAAUUUAUAAUUAUAAUAAAGUUGUUAAUUA